CUGCACUGCUCGUAGCUCGCUCGCUCGCUCGCGCCAGCCAGGCAGCCAGGGGCGCUUGUGGGCUCGCGCUCCUCGGCGGCGCUCCGGGUCGGGCCGAGAUGCUGCUGCCGAGCAAGAGCCCCGCUCGCCGGCGGAGGAAGGAGCGUCUGGCGGGCCAGCUGGGGCUCGUGGCCUCGCUGCUGUUGCUGCUGCUGCUGUUGGCGGGCGCCCUGGCAGGCCAGCGGGCGGCGCGCCCGGACGUCGCGGCCGGUUAUGAUGUUCUGAACUCUGCUUUGGAAACUAGUGACAAGUGGAUUGGACGAAGGCUACUGCUGGACGUGGAGGAGAAUGUUACGGAUAACCCUGAAGAGACAGAGCAUCCAAAUCGCAAAAACUGCACUGAGCCAGCUCUCAAUGAAUUCCCUAAUGACAUCUUCACAAAUGAGAACCGGCGGCAUGGAGCAGUCGUUUUGCACGCCUUCUGUGCUGUCUACAUGUUCUAUGCUUUGGCUAUUGUCUGUGAUGAUUUCUUUGUCCCUUCGUUGGAAAAGAUUUGUGAACGCCUGCACCUCAGUGAAGAUGUCGCAGGGGCAACAUUCAUGGCAGCCGGCAGCUCUGCUCCAGAACUGUUUACAUCUGUCAUAGGUGUGUUUAUCACAAAAGGAGAUGUGGGUGUUGGGACCAUCGUUGGCUCUGCUGUGUUCAACAUACUCUGCAUAAUUGGGGUUUGUGGCCUCUUUGCAGGGCAGAUUGUUGCACUGUCAUCUUGGUGUCUCCUGAGGGAUUCCAUGUAUUAUACCUGCUCUGUUGUUGCACUUAUCCUGAUUAUUUAUGAUGAAAAAGUUGUUUGGUGGGAGUCUUUAAUUCUAGUGCUAAUGUAUGCUGUCUAUAUUCUCAUCAUGAAGUUUAAUGCCAACCUACAACAUAUCUUUGAAAGGAGGACAAAGAAUGCAACCAAUAUGGUGAAUGGACUAGCAACUAACACAGAGAUGGAUGACAACAGCAACUGUGAUGCUACAGUAGUAUUAUUAAAGAAAGGUAACUGUUCCAGAAACUUCCAUCGCAAAGCCUCUGUGAUCAUGGUGGAUGAAUUGUUGUCUGCAUAUCCACACCAACUUUCCUUUUCGGAGGCUGGGCUGAGGAUUAUGAUAACCAGUCACUUCCCCCCCAGAACCCGGCUCUCCAUGGCCAGCCGCAUGUUGAUCAAUGAGAGACAAAGACUAAUCAACAGCAGAGUAUACACCAAUGGAGAAUCAGAGGUGGCCAUUAAAGUCCCUGCCAAGCGUACAGUAGAGAAUGGGUCAGGACCCAGCAAUUCUGCAGAGAGAGGUGCAAAUGGAGCGAGAAGAGACGAGGAGGCUGCAAAGGCUGGGAAUGAAACAGAGAAUGAAAAUGAUGACAAUGAAAACAAUGAAAAUGAUGAAGAGGAGGAAGAGGAAGAGGAUGAGAGUGGAGACCCUUACACUCCCUUUGAUGUACCAUCUGGCGUAAUAGAAAUUGCCAAAUGGUUAUUCACCUGGCCUCUGUCCUUCCUCUUGUACUUCACGGUGCCCAACUGUAAUAAACCCCGCUGGGAGAAGUGGUUCUUGGUCACGUUUGCUUCUUCCACCCUCUGGAUUGCAGCUUUUUCCUACGUGAUGGUAUGGAUGGUAACAAUUAUUGGUUAUACUUUGGGUAUUCCAGAUGUGAUCAUGGGGAUCACAUUUCUGGCAGCUGGAACCAGUGUACCGGAUUGUAUGGCAAGCUUAAUUGUAGCAAGACAAGGAAUGGGUGACAUGGCUGUGUCAAAUUCCAUUGGAAGCAAUGUUUUUGACAUUCUGAUUGGCUUGGGGCUUCCAUGGUCUCUACAGACUCUAGCAGUAAACUAUGGUUCCUAUAUUCAUUUAAACAGCCGAGGACUUAUCUAUUCCGUGGGCUUGCUGCUGGCUUCAGUUUUUGUUACUGUGUUUGGUGUUCACUUGAACAAAUGGAAGCUGGACAAGAAGUUGGGGUGUGUGUGCCUUCUGCUCUACGGCAUCUUCUUGUGUUUCUCCAUCAUGACAGAAUUUAAUGUCUUCACUUUUGUGAAUUUGCCUAUGUGCAGAGAUCACUGAUCCUGUGGAUGGACUGCUGAGAGGCAAUUUUCUUCUGUACCUGUGCAAUAUGAAACACGGUUGGCAUCUCCAAGCAGUGUGGGUACAUCAUGAAGGCCAUGAAGUACACCUCCGCACUGUUCAUUGGGUCCUCUUCCUGUUUGAGCUUAGCCUCUUUCUAAGCCACUCCUUCACACAUACAGACACACACACCUGGAAACCUCCUGAAUCGAUGUGAAGAUUUACAAACUCAGAUACUCUAAACAGUGACUUGCAAUCUAUAUGGACUAUCUUCUACCUGGCACUGAGCCAGAGAAACUGAACUGCCACAGUUUCUUCUUUUUAACUUAUUUGAAGACUAAUCUAAUUUAUGAAUUGAGACUAUAGCUAGGAUACAAAGAAGAGGUACAUUGUGUUGGGUGCUUUCUGAGGAAAAUAGAAGGGACCUAUUUUAUCCCCCCCCCAAGCUCUGUUGCAACUUCCUUACGUUUCUGAGUUUUCAGUUUCAUUUGGAAGAUCCAAAAGUCACAAAUGGCACUCAGGGAGCUGAGUUCCAGGUACUUGUUAGUAGGAAUGGACUUCAUACUUCACAGGAAGUCAUGUAUUGCUCAAAGCUAUUUGAGAGGAACCCUAACUGAAUGCAGACUAUAGAACUGAAUGUUGCUACCAUUUUAUUCUUAUCAUCAGGAUUUGAUUGCUAAGUUGUUUGUUAUAUUUCCAAGCAAUAGUUUUAGGUCUACCAACUCUGGAAGGCUAACAAGGUGGAGUUCUGGUUUUUAACUGUCAGUAAUCUGAAAUGCAAGGUCAGAAGCAAAGCCUAGACUGACCUUUUUGUGAUUUCUCGAUAUUUCUAGUUUCUGUAGCACUUUUAGAUUGAAAAGUACUUUGCAAUCCUUACCUUCUUUGUCCUGACAACAAUCCUGCAAGGUAAGUCGCUCAUAUUCCCACAGAGAAAUUAUUUUCAAAUGCUGGAGCUGAGGCUGAGAGAGAACAAUGUGCCAAAAGCCGAUGAGUCCAUUUAGGGCUGAGCUAAGGCUUGAACCAAAGUAGUCUGGGUUCCACUCAGACCUCAGGCUACUGGAUUCUCAGACUAGCUCUCAAUGUAUUGGAGACUGGGAAGUGGGGAAAGUGCAUGUAAAGCUAUCUUUUUAACUGAGAGGAGAACAUAAGCACAUGACACACAUUUUUAAAAAAGUUAGUUAUGGACACUGGUUUCUGAAAGGCAUAUUUUGCACAUAUAUUAUUGCUGAUGUUAUCAUUUGCCACUCUGCAAAGGAUACACUGGACCUGGGUAGGGUUUUUUCUCUCCUACAGAUGCAUCUGGCACAACACGCUGGGAAUUUGUCCUGUGUGAGCUCCAUUUCAGGAGCACUUCAAGUGAAUUGUGUCAUCUACCUAAUUCAAAACUGCUUAGAAUUCAUCCUGUGUCCUCUUGGAGGGUAGGGCAGGGGACAGGAAGAGGGAGGAAUGACGAUGACACUUUGAAAAUUGAGUAUUUAGUAGCUGAGUUGAUUGUGAAAGAUUUGCCAUUCAGCAUUACAUUGGCCCUGCUGUCUUUGAGCAAUACUGCAUUUUGUCCAUAUGACAAAUGCAUUACACCUUGGUAGAGCCGCCCUUCACUGCCACAGCUUCAUAGUUGUCCUGCUAGGCAAAUGUUUGAGGUAUAUUUUGUCUAUGGUACAAACAAAGGUCAUUUUUAACAGAGAAGCAGCAAGCUUGAAGUGUUGGGGUUAAAAGCAUGCUCCAGAGUAAAAAAACUAUCUACCCACUGGUUUGCACUUUUACACUUGAUUAUUUUAAAAUGAAUUUCCUUGGGAUAAAUGGUGUGAAAUAAAAAAAAUUAAUUUGCAAACUCCCUUCAUCCUAGCACCUUGCUUUCUCUUAUGAUAACUACAGUGAGCACCUAGUAGUUGUUGGAGUUUUCCUUGUUUCUUGUAGCCCCAUACAUGGCUGUUCAAUGGCCAGCCUGGGAGAGUGAAUCCCAUAGUUCAAUGGAGAAUGGAGGAGGUGGUUCAUUUCCCCUCCAUCCCCACCACUCUCACAAACACACACAUACUUUUUUGAUGUUUGCAUUUCUAUGUCAAACAACUUCAGUAACAUUUGCUCAAGUGGUACAGUAGUCCCACAACUUACGUGGGCGUUACGUUCCAGGGAUUCCCUCUAAAGCCAUAAUCACAUAGAGUCAAAAACCUAUUGGGUUCAGUUGUCGGUGGGCUUGCCAAAGUCAUUUUUCCUGGAAACCUGCCCACUUUCCACCCCCUUAAAAAAAUAUAUCCACGUGUGUAAAGCUGAAUGCAGACAAACUAAAUGCAUGCAAAUUGUGGGUUUACUGUACAGUUUUUUACUAGUUUAUGAAUAAUGUUCUAAUGCAGGGGUCAGCAAACUUUUUCAGCAGGGGGCCGGUCCACUGCCCCUCAGACCUUGUGGGGGGCUCGACUAUAUUUUUUUUGAGGGGGGGGGGAUGAUGCAAAAGCACCACGAGUCCUGGUGGCUACUUACCUGUGUCUCGCAAGUUGCAGGGGCUGGUGGUGACUGUGGCAGAGGGAUGAUGGGUGGCACGCGAAAGGGCUACGGAGAGGGGCUACUUAAAAUGGCGGCUGCUUGAGUGCUGCUGCUGCUGCUGCUGCUGGCAGCAACAAAGCCCAGCCCUCUUCCUCCUCUAGGCAGGGCAGGGAGAAGCCAGGAGGAGGGAGGGAGGAGGUGCCGCCACCGCUGCCCUGUGGGGGGGAGAGGGAAAGAACGCACAUGCUGGCGAUUCCUGCACUGUCCACGGGCUGGAUCCAGAAGGCAGUUGGGCCUGAUCCGGCCUCCAGACCUUAGUUUGCCGACCCCAUGUUCUAAUGUCUGUCAUGAGGUAAUCCCAUUUCUCUAGACCAGUGGUUUUCUGAUUUCUAUCUUUAAGGGAAGGGUGAUUCCAUAUCAGCUUGUCUGUGGAGAAACCCCGAGCAUCUCUCAUGGGACACAUGUGUGCUGCAGAGGAUUCUGGGACAUAUUCUAAGUUACACACGCUCUUCAUAUAAGGAACUACUGUAGUCUAGCCUUCAAAUGGCAGUGCAGUCUAAAACAGACCCAACACUUUGCUACAGCUAUUGAUUGCAUGGAAAGUUAAGUAAUGGAGAUAAGCAUCAGAGGAACUCCAGGAUUCCCAGAACACAGUUUGACAAGGUUUGUUUUUGACAUUUGUGCCAUUCCUUCUUAGUGGUGUUUUUUUUAUUAAAUCAGUAAUAGUGACCAUUCUUUCUUUAUAGGAAUCAGUAAUAGUGACCAUACUUCCUUUAAUCAAAAUUUUAGCACCCAGAAAUACAUCAGGAUUUUAAAAAGUUUGUUGCUUACUGCUUACUUGAUUGUACAAUAGGGCUUAGCAACACUUACUUUACCUCUACUCUUUCCAGGCAUGGUCCACACAUUAAAGCUCUGUUUCUGAGCACCUUCCCCCCCCCCUUUGCUCCGGAGCUUUCCCUGCAAAAAGCCGUUCUUUAAAGUUCAGUUGGAGCAAACAGCAACCUGCUUAGACUUGACACUUGCUCUGAGCACUAAAGAACAGGUUGUCACGGGGAAAGCUCUGCAGCAAAAAAAGAGAACAUGCUGGGCUACAAAGCUUUUAAGUGUGAACAUGCAACUGGAAAGAGGAAAGCACAAGGUAAGUGUGGAUAAGCCCAUAGCUUGUAUUUGGAAGACCUUUUUAAGCAGAAUAUCUUUCAACUAUUUGGAGGGCAGCUCCAAUGGAGCCAGUUGGAUUUAUUUCUAUGAAAUAGCCUUUAUAUAUCUUGUGAUACAGCAUAGUAUUAUCUGCAUCAAAGAGACCUCUCAUGUGGGAGGGAAUCAUAUAUUGUAGGAGUUCUGUAGCAUUGAAUGUGCUUUUCUAACACACCAGAUGGACAUUAUGAAAGCAGGUCAGGAAUCUGAGCCAAUUUGAUUCAAGUUGGGGAAUGAGGAUUUGGUUUGCAGGUCAGGUCCAGAGAAAGACCACUGAGUAUUCCUAAAUUCAGACCUGAAGUGUGUGCCCCCCAGCCCUGCCUCUCUGGGGUCAGUUGCUGAAACUGGAGUUGGUGAAGGUCAGACUCCUAGUAUUUUAUAUACAGUCUUGGUCAAUCCAGAGGCUUCAUACUGUGUGCUAAUUUCAGGGUGUGGUGUUGCAUAGUAGUGUCCCCUGUUGUGCAUGGCUAGCACUCUUAAGGCUAAAUGGUGUUCUAGACUGAGUUUCUGAUGACCCCAGCUUCUGAUGACCAUCUGUAUCCAGCCAAAAUUCAGUGCUUGGUGAUGUGUGUGUAUCUGAAUGAGAGAUUGAUUCACCUUCUUUACAGAAGCAAAGUCUAUGUAACUUUGAAAUGCUGGCUAGAUGCAUGCUGACGUAUUAAUGCAAGACAAAUGGAUCAUUUUAGAGUGAUCCAUUCAACCCACAUUUUGAACGUAUCAAUUUAGUUGUCUGAAUUGGCCCCUGUUGCUGGUACAGAUAGGUUUUAGGAAGACUUCCAUACCUAUUGCAUCUUAACAAUAUGUGAUCACUUACUGUGAUGUGUAACAAUUUAAUAAGGUGAUCAGGUGUAUUGCCUAGUUGUGAAGAUAAUUUUACCGUCCUUUCUGCUUCAACAUAUAAUUAGGGGCUGACUUGGGGCAAAAUUCUCAUUACUUAGUAGGAUUGCACAGAUUACCAACUUAGGUCACAUGCACAUUUAGAGUGAGUUACCACUUGGUAUAUAGUGGGUUGUACCAUGUAGGGUAUAAUCUGGAGCCUGUUGCUCACCCAUAAGUCCUGCUGAAAUGAGUAGAAUGUAUUUGAUAGCCUCCCCCCCACACACACACACAAAUAUACCCGGCAUAAUAGGUUCAAAAUGGUUUGGAGACAUUUCUUUGGUGAGCAAGUUUCCUUUGUUUCCAAGAUAAAAUAAAUAACACCAGCUUUUGUACCAAGAUGUGAACAUUUUUUGUAUAAUAACAUGUGUGUGUGUUUUAAGUGGCUACAGUCAUGGAAUCAGUGUAUAUAUAAAAGCAAACACAUAACGGAAAUCCCCAGGAAUAUAAAAAAAUGUUUUCAUAGUUUUUAUCUUGGCUGUUGAUUCAAAGAGUUCUGGGGAAUUUUUAUGUAGACUGAGCAGCGGGAUCAGCUCUGUUAGCCUUGAGUGUACUUUGAAGAACUCAGUGAGUCGGCUACUACCAAAGAGCAUGUUGUUCUUGUAGUGUUUGGGGUGGGGGUGGGGGGUUGUUGAAAAAUGUAUGUAGAGAAAUAAACGAUAAAUUGCAAGAACUCAGGCCAAAAGAAGAUGGAUUUCAAAAAAAUCUUCACAGGGUUUUAUUGAAGUGAUGCGGAGUUUAAAUGGGAAUCGAUCCCAAUGUUGAAGGCAAAUAAAGAUAAAUUCCAGUAAAAAUCAGGACAAGGCCCUGUUUCGACUAUUCUUCGUCAGCAAAGAUUCACAGGUCAAAGUACUUGGUACUUUAUCUUUAUUUGCCUUCAACAUUGGGAUUGAUUCCCAUUUAAACUCCGCAUCACAUGAAUAAAACCCUGUGAAGAUUUUUUUGAAAUCCAUCUUCUUUUGGCCUGAGUUCUUGCAAUUUAUCGUUUAUUUCUGGACUUUCCCAAAAACUCCAAUUUCCACUGUGAAAAAUGUAUGUAAGCAAGCAUGGUUUUUUCUAAAAGAAAAUGCACUAGUGUUGGAAGUUGGUUUCUUUAAAAAGUAUCCCUUAUAACUGUAUAGCGAAGGAUUCAUAUUGGUUGGGUCAGUCAACAUGCUUUCCAUUUUUCUUUGGUGCGUGAAAUGCUUGCCAAUUUGAGAUAUACAGACUUCUCAGGAGAAAAAAAAUAUGAUUAAAGAUUAUCUGCAAAACCAGUUGAAUGAGCUAGGCAUUGAGAAAGCUUCACAAGUACAGGCUCACAAGCUGUUAUGGUGUGUGUAUAUCAUGAGCUGGGCAAAACCAUUGCACUGGAGAAAUGAUGUGGGUCAGAAGUACUGUGCCAGACACAGAAAGCAUUAUCAAAUGCAAUGCAUGACAUAAAGCAGAAGUGGGGGUGGAGAGCCUGUGGCCCUUCAGAUGCAUUUGGACUGCAAUUGCCAUCUGUCCUAAGCAGCAAAACCAGUUGUCAGGGAUGGUGGGAGUUGUAGUCAAACAGCAGGGAGAGGACUACAAGUUCCCCCCACCCCGGCGUAGAAUCAGCAAAGACAUACAUCCUAACCCAAUCCAGAAAUAAUACAGAGUUGAUGUUUUGUUUCCUGGGCAUCCUCUGGACUUAAUCAGAGUUGGGUACAAGACAUUUCCCUGGCCUUGGGCAAUGACAUCAGCUGAUGCCAUGCUCUAGGGCAUGAGUAGGUUGCAAGUUGCCAUAGAGAUACAGCUUUCAGCCUAAGUCCAAACCCCUGUGCAAGCAGUCAGUUCAGACCUCAGGAAAGUUCAAUCUGUCCCCACUGGGCAAGGAAGAAAUGAGAGAGAUUGGGGGGGGCAUGGCAGGAAGAAAAGGGGUGACCUACUGACCUGGGUCCCACCUACAGCCAGCAUGUAGCUCCUGGCAGAUUCCCAUGAGAAAAAUGUGUCUCUUCAGGACCUUGCUAAUAGUCUUUACUCCACAAAAAAGACUCCCCUGUUUUGAGUAGAGAGUAUUGUUUCAAAUCGCUUGCAGCCUGAUCCUGUACAUGAUCAAAAUAAGUACAGUGCAAUUCAGUGCAAUUUGUAGGAUUACUAGAUUAGCCAAACUGUUACUAGUAGAUUUAGUCAGGCUAACGGCUUUUAGAUGGUUCUCCAGAAUGUUCUGAUUGUUCAAUUUACCGUGUUUCUCAUAUUUUAAGGCAUCCCUAAAAAAUAAGGCAUGGCAGGAUUUUCAAGACCUUGCGAAAUAUAAGGCAUACCCCAAAAAUAAGACAUGAGCAGGACCCGGCAAAGGCAGCAGUGCGCGCUUUGCCGAGCUCCAAGCCGGCGGCGGGCUGCUGCUGUCCCGCUCAAUUUCCCUGCCCCCUCUCGCGAGACUCGCCGCCGGGUCCGCUCUCGCGCACAUGGCCCGGUGAGAGGGAGCCUCCCCUGCGCGCGCGUCUGCGCUCACCCUCCCCCCUCCCUCCCCCUUUUCGGCCCAGCGCGCCGCCUUGCCUGUUCGUGUGCCGCGCGUGUGAGGCGAGCGGGAAGG